AUGUCGUUGCGAAAGAUCGUCGUCUGCGGAGCGGGCUUCUUAGGCCGUCAUAUUGCCAAAGAGAUCGCGACUGCCAAUAUCGCCAGUGUACCGCCCCGCUCAGUACAAGUAUCUUCCAGGAAACCAGAAAAAAUCCGGAUUGUCCUCGCAUCUGAUGCUACAAUCCCCAAAGACCGCUUGCUUCCUGCUGUCGCGGCCGAUGUCACGAAACCAGCUACGCUGAGGCCUGCCUUCGAAGGCGCUACAACGAUUGUGUCUCUUGUCGGUAUAAUGCACGGUUCUCCCCAAGAUUUUGAAAACAUUCAGUGGAAAGGAGCGGAGAAUGUCGCCCUUUGUGCGAAGGAAGCUGGGGCGAAACUUGUUCACUUCAGCGCCAUUGGCGCCGAUCCAGAAAGCCGCAUUCCAUACGUCAGAACGAAAGGGCUCGCCGAGCAGUCUAUCCUUGGUAUCAUCCCAGACGCUACUAUUAUCCGCCCAAGUCUAGUCUUUGGUCCAGAAGAUGACUUCUUCAAUCGCUUCGCUCGUCUUGCUCAUAUUCUGCCUUUCAUGCCUGUUUUUGGAGGAGGAAAAUCUCGAUUCCAACCUGUCUAUGUUGGGGAUUUAGCUCGCCUCGUCGAAAUGAUCUCAAGAGGUGACCCAAACAUCGAGAACGCCACUGCUGGAAAAAUCGUGGAAGCUGGGGGUCCUCAAGUCUUUACCUAUCAUGAACUAAUGCAACUUGUUUUGAAAUAUACCGACCGCAGCCGGCCGAUCCUCUCUCUUCCCUUCGUUCUCGGCACAUUGCAGGGCGCCGUUCUCGAGAAAUUACCUGUCAACCUCUUUACAGUGACUCGUGCACAGGUUGAACAACUGAAAUCCGACAAUGUCGUUGCUCCAUACGAGAAAAUGCCAAAAAAACAUGUAUCUCUCGAAGAAGUGAUUACAAAAUACUCGGAGACUCCCCUACGUAGUGUUCAAGAGAUUCUGCCAACAUACCUUUGUUGA